UGGAAGUCUGAUAACGCUUCCAGCCUGAGAGGGGGCCGCCGGUUUGGCCACUGCACCCCCGGACUAGCUAGCUGUGUACCCCGCGCUGCUAAGUUAAUGGGAUGGAGCCGGGACCGUCUGGCGAUGUGCCCAUGGGGGAAUUCCCCCCACCCCUGCAGCAGGUGUUCCAUGCCCCUCGCCGGCCAGGAAUGGGCACCGUGGGCAAGCCCAUCAAGCUGCUGGCCAACUAUUUUGAAGUUGAGAUCCCAAAGAUGGACGUCCACCACUAUGAGGUGGACAUUAAGCCCGACAAGUGCCCAAGACGAGUCAACAGGGAGGUGGUGGAGUACAUGGUGCAACACUUCAAGCCCCAGCUCUUUGGCGACAGGAAGCCGGUGUAUGACGGCAAGAAGAACAUCUACACGGUGCUCCCACUUCCAAUCGGGAGUGAGAAGGUGGAUUUUGAGGUGACCAUCCCAGGCGAGGGUAAGGACCGAAUCUUCAAGGUGUCCAUCCGUUGGCUGGCCAAGGUUUCAUGGCGCCUGCUGCAGGAGACUCUGGUCAGUGGCCGCCUGCAGGUCCCCCUCGACUCAGUUCAAGCCCUGGACGUGGCCAUGCGCCACCUGGCCUCUAUGAGGUACACUCCAGUGGGCCGCUCGUUUUUCUCCCCACCUGAAGGAUACUACCACCCACUGGGUGGGGGGAGGGAAGUCUGGUUUGGCUUCCACCAGUCUGUGCGCCCCGCCAUGUGGAAGAUGAUGCUCAACAUUGAUGUGUCCGCCACGGCCUUCUACAAAGCCCAGCCUGUAAUUGAGUUCAUGUGUGAGGUUCUGGACAUUCGCAACAUCGACGAGCAGCCGAAGACUCUCACGGACUCACAGAGGGUUCGGUUCACAAAGGAGAUUAAAGGCUUGAAGGUGGAGGUGACACACUGCGGCCAAAUGAAGAGAAAAUAUCGCGUAUGCAAUGUCACCCGACGUCCUGCCAGCCAUCAGACGUUUCCCCUCCAGCUCGAAAGUGGGCAGACCGUAGAAUGUACAGUGGCCCAGUACUUCAAGCAGAAGUACAAUCUGCAGCUUAAGUACCCCCACCUACCCUGUCUACAGGUGGGCCAGGAGCAGAAGCACACAUACCUGCCCCUGGAGGUUUGUAACAUUGUAGCUGGUCAGCGAUGCAUCAAGAAGCUGACGGAUAACCAGACCUCCACUAUGAUCAAAGCCACAGCUCGCUCCGCGCCCGACAGACAAGAGGAGAUCAGCCGGCUGAUGAAGAAUGCCAACUUCAACCUGGACCCGUACAUCCAGGAGUUUGGGAUCAAGGUGAAAGAUGAGAUGGCUGAAGUGACGGGCAGAGUGCUGCCGGCCCCUAUCCUGCAGUAUGGAGGACGGAAUCGUGCCAUAGCUACCCCCAACCAGGGAGUGUGGGACAUGAGAGGGAAGCAGUUCUACAACGGCAUUGAGAUCAAAGUUUGGGCGAUCGCCUGCUUUGCCCCCCAGAAACAGUGCAGAGAGGAGGUGCUCAAGAACUUCACAGACCAGCUGCGUAAGAUCUCCAAGGAUGCCGGGAUGCCAAUUCAGGGCCAGCCAUGCUUCUGUAAAUACGCCCAGGGAGCCGACAGUGUGGAGCCCAUGUUCCGACACCUGAAGAACACCUACUCUGGACUGCAGCUCAUCAUCGUCAUCCUGCCAGGAAAAACUCCUGUCUAUGCGGAGGUGAAGCGCGUGGGGGACACCCUCCUCGGCAUGGCCACACAGUGUGUCCAGGUGAAGAACGUGGUGAAGACGUCCCCUCAGACCCUCUCCAACCUCUGCCUCAAGAUCAACGUGAAGCUGGGAGGUAUCAACAACAUCCUGGUGCCUCAUCAACGGUCAGCCGUGUUCCAGCAGCCGGUUAUCUUCCUGGGAGCGGACGUCACCCACCCCCCGGCUGGAGAUGGCAAGAAGCCCUCCAUUACUGCUGUGGUAGGCAGUAUGGAUGCUCAUCCCAGCAGAUACUGUGCCACAGUGCGAGUCCAGAGACCCAGGCAGGAGAUCAUUGAAGACUUGUCUUACAUGGUCAAAGAGCUUCUAAUUCAGUUCUACAAGUCCACUCGCUUCAAGCCCACCAGGAUCAUCUUCUACAGAGAUGGGGUUCCUGAGGGACAGCUGCCACAGAUUCUUCAUUACGAGCUCCUGGCCAUCAGAGACGCCUGCAUCAAGCUGGAGAAGGACUAUCAGCCAGGCAUCACCUACAUCGUGGUGCAGAAACGCCACCACACACGACUCUUCUGUGCUGACAAGUCUGAAAGAAUUGGGAAGAGUGGGAAUAUUCCUGCAGGGACUACAGUGGACACCAGCAUCACUCAUCCCUUUGAGUUUGACUUCUACCUGUGCAGCCAUGCAGGCAUACAGGGUACCAGCCGGCCGUCUCAUUACUACGUCCUUUGGGACGACAAUCGUUUCACGGCUGAUGAGUUGCAGAUUCUAACCUACCAGUUGUGCCACACAUAUGUGCGUUGUACCCGCUCAGUGUCCAUCCCUGCUCCAGCCUACUAUGCUCGUCUUGUGGCCUUCCGUGCCCGCUACCACCUGGUGGACAAAGAACAUGACAGUGGCGAGGGCAGCCACGUGUCUGGUCAGAGUAACGGUCGAGACCCACAGGCGCUGGCCAAGGCUGUUCAGAUUCACCACGACACCCUGAGGACCAUGUACUUUGCCUGAGCUACACCCACCAUCACAACCAUCAACCCCUCCCACCUCAUUUUCUACCUGAGUGGGCAGACAGCCCAUCACCACCUCAUCCCCAUCCCUUAUUCCCAAUGACUGCCCACUACACACACACACUCCACAGACCUGCCGGUCAAUCCCCCAAAUCCAAGAAACAUAAAGCCCUUCACCUGUAAAACACAGGCAGACUCAACAGCGCUCAUGCACUCAAAAGGUUAUGAAUAUUAUUAUUGUCAUUUUGUUCUUUUUACUUCUCCAGGACUCUAUUGCUCUUUUUAUGUUGAAUUUUUAAAACGUGGUUAUAAUUAUGUAAUUGUAUUGCAUCGCUACCUUCACACUCCUAUGUAUAUAAGUAUGCAAUACGGAUGGGAGGAAAACAGGCGAUAAAAAGAAAGAAAAUCCUGAACACUUUUUAAACUGCCACCACGAUGCUGCCUCUUUACCCAUCCGAACACCGGAUACCAGUGUUCCCAGCCCCUGAGUACUGGGAUCAUCCAGAGGGGUGGUACUGGGCACGCACACUUACAUGUAUCAUUUUAACGUUACCAUGAACUACAUUCAUGUUUUUUUUAUGUUUUAUGAAUAAUGUAAUUUUUGCCUUGAGGAGGUAUGGCACAUUAGCACUUAGUGUUAGCAUGUAGGUGCCACCGGUCCUGCACGUAAGAGUUUGUUAGUACAUGUGAGGCCAGCCCCCUGGUCUUCUCUGUAGCAGAGGCAGAAAGAGCAGGUGUAGCAUAUUGUAGACACAGGAGGAAAGUCCUGCCGGGCACUCUGUGCUGGUUAGCCAGUCCCUUAGAGACUUAGCCUAUAGCGGCAACCUUAGCAUAACAGUAGAGGGACCAUUUGCAUAGAGUGUAUCAGAUAGACUUGCACCCCAUGCACCUAAGCCAGCAUUAUUAACCAGCCAAAAGUGAUGCCAACCAAUGGAAAAGGGGCCCUUAAACAGGAAGAUCUUUUAUUUCUGUCUUUUAGGCUAUACGAGGCACUUUUUAUUUCCUUAUUGUUUUGUUUUUUUACUUCCAAAUGGUGAGACUUGUCUGUACUGAGGCUUCACACACACACACACACACACACACACACACACACACACACACACACACACACACACACACACACACAAACACUACGUUGAAGUUUUCACACUCGCACAGCUUUCCGAACAAAUGGGUAACUAAGGCAAUAGGCACCACUUCUCUGUAGAUUUCAAUGCAGGCAAAUUCAGUAUGAAGUCUUUGAUCACUUAAGUGCUGCAGAGCUGAACUCUCAUUCAGCAGUUGACCUUGCUCCGAUCAUUCUGCACAUUCCUACUCGGAUCAGUGGAGAUGACGCCGGCUUCCACCCACGCACCUCUUCAAGUACCUGUACACAGCAUCCUGCACAUGUCCCAUUUUUAUACGAAGCUCUUUCCCUCUGCAGGCAGUUACAACUCACAGCCUGGAUAGCAGAAGCACACACCCUGCCCCCCCCCCCCCCCUCCCCCUUACCUCUAAGUCUCUCUCUCAGCAUGUAGAGACCAACCUCUUCAAAUGCACUUGUCCCCCUUUAUUUCCCUCCAAAGCCAAACUGUCACUUGUCACCUUUUCCAUUGUCACCUCGUCUUCUCACUUUCCCUUUGAGCCUGCAGCAUCCCCUGCCCCAAUCCCUUAGCUCGUGUUCGCCAAUCCCCCGUUGGUGCUCUGUGUGCAUGGGCGACACAGAUAUGGGAUUGCAAAAUUGGACAGGGUGGGCCACUAUGAAUUCUUCUCAAUACGCCCUGCCUCUACAUCUCGUCACUUUCUGGAUUAAUGGAAAAAAACCUGCAUGUAAUUAUUCUCCGACUGGAUAUGUUGAGCCACCUUAUUUUGGUUUUCUUAGAGGUAGGAGCCUCGCGCUCACCACUGCCUGUCAGUCCUUUUUCCUCGAUUGUGUAAUGGUUAUAAAGACUGCUUUUUCUUUCGUUAUUAUUAUUAUGAAUAUUGUGACUAGAGUCAGAGUGUAUCCUCAAGAGGGCACUGUGGAGACGGUCUCAGAAUUCCACCUCAGUUGCCCUUUAAGCGCCUCAAAUCUUGUCUGAUGGUUGGAGCCCCUUUGAGCUGAAAGGGAUCAAAAGAUAAGAGAUCAGAUGAGUUUGAUUUUUAAAACAUGUUUAUGAACGUAAAUAAUCAAAAUGCCUUUGUACUGAUCCUUCAUUGUGUCCAAGGUGAUUUGUAUAUAUAAAUAUAUAAUAGUAACCCGUUCUGUAUUUUGGCUCACCGGUUGCCGGGCCUUUCACAGUCGGGGCCAGUGUUCCCCUCAUUCUGUGCUUAAAAAAAGAUUAAAAAAAUAAUUCAGACUGGGGUCAUUUUCCCAGCACAACUGAAACCAGAUGCAGUUCUUCAGUCACUGAAGCCACAAAGCACCUUGCAAAGGGGGAGACCAAAUGGCAGUCACCCUGGAAGUGCAUCAUGUGGACAAAGGAGAGUCCACUUCCUCCACACAGCCUCACUGUCUGACGAAGCAAUAUUGAAGCCACUGAUCAACAACAGUUCUUGUCAUAGCACUUCCCAGUAGAUUUGAAUGAAAUGCUGCAGAAGCAUAUUAUCUUGGCUCUGUAUGUGAUAAUAUGGGAACUCUGUUGGGGAGGGUUAUUUUUUAAAGAAAAUAAAUUUGUUUUUUAUUA